CGCCGGCUGCGACCCUACCUCCACGUACACGGUCGCAACCGCCUCUACAACGACCACAGGGUCGUGACGUGGAGGCAGGAGAGCGCUCACCGGCGCUCUAUGACCGUUACAAUCGCGAUAUGUAUCAAGAAGAAGACGAGGAUUUUCCAAAAAUUUCAUUGCCCCUGCAAGAUUUACAAGCAGCAUUGAAAGACUUAGAAGAUCAUCAGUUCAAAUUAAACUCUAAAACGGAACUGAGAAGUAAAUCAUUGCCGCGACCUGCGAAAGCUAAACCUGAGUUUGGAGCGAGGAGGGACUUUGACGACAGACGUUAUGACAUUGAAGAUAACGAUGUGUAUGAAAUGCACGACCUUCAUGAUGUCGAUUAUGAGAAUUUUAAAGAAAGGAAAGCAUUAGAAAGAGAGAGGCGGAGGGAAAGAGAAGACUAUAGCUACCGCGAUCGCGGCUACGAUCCUGAAGAUGAUGACUACGAAGUUGAAAGGCCAAGAGUUAGGAGAACUGGAUAUGAUAGAAGGAUGGAUCGUGGUAGAUCGGAGUAUUAUGAACGCGACAUAGAAGAUUAUGAAAUAGAGAGACGACGCGACCGUCGCGCGCGUAGUGCAGCGUACGACGGCGAUAGACGAUGGGGAGGGGAACGUUACAGAGAAGACCG